GGAGAGUACAGCACACAUCAUUGCCUCGCUAAUCAUCAACACACACUCGCCUUCGGACGGACCAUCACGAUCUCGACGCAUAUAGCCACUCAAAGCGCAGAACUCACGCAAGAACACAAAUACGAUGCACAGGGCCGUAGCACACACCGGCAGGACGACACUCGGGCGUGCCCUCGUCGGCGCGUACCGCGGGCCUCUGGCUCUUCGUGCGCGUUCUUUGGCAAGGCCUGGUGCUCGUUUCGACGCGCAGUCGCGCUUUGCUGUGCCGCUCGUCAACGCUCAGGCUGGUGCUGCGAGAGGGUACCACGACGAGUCGUUUGGGUUCCGCAAGGCGAGGGAGCUUGUGUUGCCAGACUACUCGCCCGCCCAGCUGCGCAACCGCGCAGACAACGCGCCGCUCCUGCGCUACGUCGACGCCGUGCGCACGCACGCGCACCGCGCAGCGACGAUCGACCCGCUCGACCUGCUCAAGCGCGAGCGCGUCGCGGCGCUCGAUCCCGCGCGGUACGGACUCACGGACCCAAGCAAGACGUACAAUGUCUCGGGGAUCCUGUGGACGCGGCCCGUCGGCGAGGCGACGGAAGUUGGCGCCAAGGGCCCGAAGGAGGACGGGGAGGAGGGGGAGUGGUGGACGCUCGCGGAGAUCACUGGGUUUCUGAGCGAGGUGUAUCUCGGGCGCAUCGCGUAUGAGUACAUGGACUUGCCGAGCAAGUCGGAGAGGCUGUGGUUCGCGCAUUUGCUCGAACGCGAUUCGCCAAGGCGCUCUGCUUCCUCGAACGAGGGCGAGGGCGAGGCGGGAGAGAGGCGGCCGCGGACGAGGCACGGGGACGAGGUCGAGCCGGAGAGGAUACACGAGCUGCUGGCGAAGAGCGAGGUGCUGGACCACUUUUUACAGGCCAAGUUCCCGAAUCUGAAGCGGUACGGGCUCGAGGGCGCGGAGAGCAUGCUGCCUGCGCUGGAUGCGCUCUUUGGGGCCGCUUCGCGAGCGGGCAUCGGCCACAUUAUUCUCGCGAUGCCGCAUCGUGGACGACUGAACCUCCUCUCGACGCUCCUCGAGUACGCGCCGACCGCGCUCUUCCACAAGAUCCGCGGUGGUGCUGAGAUCCCGGAGGACCUCGGUGCUUCGGGAGAUGUCAUCAGUCAUCUUGGUGCCCCCACGCUCGAGUACGCGGGUGCACCUGGACCGAUCAAGGUGUCGCUGCAGCCCAACCCGUCUCAUCUCGAGGCCAUCAGCCCCGUCGCACUCGGCAAAGCCCGCGCAAAGCAGUUCUCGCUCCUCAAAUCCCUCUCCAAGGGCAAGUCCAUCAACCCCGACGGCGGCGUCUCCUCCGCUCAGAGGACCAGCAACACCAGCGGGCUGACGCAGAGUCCAGAGGAAGAGGCAGAGUGCGGGCUGGGCGACCGCGUGAUGUGCGUGCAGCUGCACGGCGACGCGAGCUUUACGGGCCAGGGCGUGGUGAUGGAGACGCUUGGGCUGAGCAAUUUGCCGCAUUAUACGAGUGGGGGGAGUGUGCAUAUUGUUGUCAAUAACAACAUCGGGUAUACGACGCCUGCGUCGAGCGCGCGGUCGUCGUUGUAUGCGUCGGAUAUCUCCAAGAUGAUCAACUGCCCGGUUCUUCAUGUGAAUGGGGACUAUCCUGAAGACGUUGUCCGCGCGGUUGAGGUUGCGUUCGAGUACCGUAACUAUUUCCGCAAGGAUAUCGUGAUUGACCUCAUCGUCUACCGUCGCUGGGGACACAAUGAGCUCGAUGAGCCCGCGUUCACUCAGCCGCGGAUGUACGAGAAGAUCCGGUCCCGGCAGUCCGUGCCCGGGAUGUAUGAGGCGCAGCUCAUUAAAUCCGGAGCUCUCAGCGAGGAUCAAGCCAGCAAGGUCCGCGCUUCGUACCACGAGACGCUCGAAUCCGCCCUCGCAGCCGUACCGUCGCACAAGCCGUCCGCGUCGAUGUGUGCGGGCCAAUGGGAGGGCAUGGUCUGGCCCGCGAGCAGGGAGGCGGAUCACGCGCCCGACACGGGUGUACAGCUCGACGAGCUGAAGACGGUCGGGCGGGCGAGUGUGACUGUCCCUGAAGGAUUUGAGAUCCAUCCGCGCCUGCAGCGGCACGUGAAGAAGCGGCUGCAGAGCAUCGACAAGGGCGUAGGUAUGGACUGGGCGACGGCAGAGGCGAUGGCGUUUGGGUCGCUGAUGCGCGAGGGGACGGACGUGCGGAUUUCGGGGCAGGAUGUGGGGAGGGGCACGUUCUCCCAUCGACAUGCGAUGCUCGUGGAUCAGAAGACGGAGGGCGUGAUCGUGCCGCUGAAUACGGAGCUGCGGUCGGAGGGUACGUUGGAGCUGGCGAAUAGCUCGUUGAGCGAGAUGGCGGUGCUUGGGUUUGAGUAUGGUGCUAGCUGGGAGCGACCGAACGUGCUACCCAUAUGGGAAGCUCAGUUCGGUGACUUCUUCAAUGGUGCACAGGUCAUCAUCGACACGUUUAUCUCGCAAGCAGAGACGAAAUGGCUCAAGCAGAGUGGCAUUGUCCUGCUCCUCCCACACGGACUUGAUGGUGCUGGUCCGGAGCAUUCGUCUUCGCGCAUUGAGCGUUUCCUCCAGCUCUCCAACGACCGAUACAUCAAUGACCCUUCUGAACCGCUGACAAACGCGAACAUGCAUAUCGUAUUCCCCACAACACCUGCACAAUACUUCCAUCUCCUGCGCCGUCAGAUCCGCCGGAACUACCGAAAACCGCUCAUUGUGGCCGCACCGAAGACACUCCUUCGCCUACCCGCUGCUUCAUCUUCCCUUGAAGACCUUGCACCCGGCACUCGCUUCAAGCCAGUCCUCGACGACCCCGCCAUCUCCAAACCAGGCUCCGUGAAGCGUGUUGUACUCCUCAGCGGCAAGCUCUACUACGACAUCGUCCGCGAACGCUCAGCGCGGGGCCUCGACGACGCCGUUGCCCUCGUGCGCGUUGAGGAGCUCUCCCCCUUCCCCUUUAUGGAGGUGCGCGAUGUCCUGGAUCGCUACCUCUCCGCUUCGUCGAUCAAGGAUGUUGUGUGGUUGCAAGAGGAGCCGCGAAACCAGGGUGCAUACGCACAUGUCGCGCCGCGCAUCGAAAGCGUGCUGCAGGGUCUCGGAUACGAGGGGCGGCUGGUGUACAAGGGCCGCAGGGAGGACGCGGUUGCUGCGCCGGGCAUUGGGAAGUUCUAUCAGGCACAGCAGAAGUGCGUGCUGGAGGGAGCGUUCGAUGGUCUGUAACGGAGCAGGGUGCAUGAAGACGGGAUGAUUCUAUUGCAUUGGAACCGCCAACUCGAACUGUUUGUAUCGCAUGUGCAUACAUAGACGCAUACACGGAGGCGAUAAUUGACCUGUAUCUAACAACGCCAAACAAAGCCAAUUCUUUGAUUAUAAC